CAUACGACAUCUUACAUCUAGAAUCGAAAAUCCCACAUCUUGUCCAUACCACACAGAUCUUGGAUGACCUACAUACCAGGCAUACUAACCGUCCUUCACUCUAAAGAAAACAACAACAAAAAACAUCACAUUUUCACAAUUGCCAUGUUUCUCCAUUCCCCAUUUUCCCGCCUUAUAUUUCGUCAUUGAAAAGGUACUCCAAUACUCAGAGACUCAGAGACUCAAAUACUCAGAUACUCAAAUACUGAAAUACUUAAAUCCUUAAAUCCUUAAUUCUCCAAAUAUCUAAAUAGGGUGGUAGUAGUAACGGUACCUGAUAUUACCUACCUACCUAGCUAUCAUCAAUUCAUUUCAUUAUUAAUUCCACUCGAUUCGACUCGUCUCGUCUUGAACUUGAACUCCAAAUCUCGGGGGAAAAUUUCUUCCCCUCUCUAAAAAUCCAGACUUCCCGACAAAGCAAAGCCUCGAGGGCGUCAUAUCUCAGCACCACAAUUUACUUUCUACCCUUCACGAUAAACUUAUACCUACCUACCUACCCACCGUCCUACUGAGAUCCUUCGCGUCCUCACUACCUAUCUGCCUCGGAUCCAAAUGCGCACACAGAGACAGAGACAGAGACACAUACAAAUAAAUCCUCUUCUUUACGCUCACAGCAUAAUUAGAGUUCGAAAAUGUCCGAGGGGGAUACAUCUAUGAAUAUGAAUAAUUUGAACCUGGAUCCUACCGAUUACUUGCAACAACAUCAUCAUGCAGCCAACCUCGGAUCCAUAGAUCGGACACUGUCAGCCUCGCAGGUCGAUCAAAAUUUACCCGAUACAUUAAUGUCGGAGAUGCUACAGGAUAAUUUAAUGAUGGACUUUGAUGGUCUACCCGAUAUGAAUAUGGAUAUGAAUACCCUUGGCGACAAUGGCAACAUUCCAAAAUCUUUUACCUCACUGAACAUGAUGUCGCCCGUCGGAAAUGAACACGCCGAUGAUGGGAGAAGGGGAGGAACAAAUGAUGGAGAUGCCCAGAUUGAAGAAAUCGGGGCGGGCCCUUUACCUGCAGGCUUUGGUGUCCAACCAACCAAUACAAGUAACAGCUCGGUCAAUGAUUUCACGAGACGAAGAAAUUGGCAACAAAAGGUGGUGGAAGAGAUCAAGGACUUUUUGCACGUCUUGACCCCUUUCGGAAAGUUCGUUUUUCUUUCGCCUAGUUGUCAGAGUCUCACUGGAUAUGCCGCAGAGGAGCUUCAGGGGAAAUUUAUUGUGGAUUACAUACAUCCAGAUGAUAGUGCAAUGUUUGUGAGGGAGUUCAAUGAAGCCAUUGCAUCGGGUAAUAAACUGCGAUUCUACCUUCGAUUUCGCAAGAAGGACGAGUCCUACGUAAUAUUCGAGUGUCACGGACAUGCCCAUUAUGCAUCAAGGCCGUCGCCAACAGCAGCUGUCCCAAUUCCAGACCCAGAUAUCCCACCUAGAGAAACAGCGGAUUAUUGCAGAGGCUUUUUCAUGAUGGCAAGGAAAUAUCCAACAAAGAACGCCCUUCUACUGGAUUCAUUCUUGGAACAUAAAACCGAAUUUGAGCGAAUGUCAAAGAAAAUCAGGGAUCUCAAGAGAGAAGAGGAAGAAGAAUUCGAAGAUAGUGAAAGGAACUGGACGCAUCGACAUCCAUCAGACUCAUCUGAGACGAUGACCACAGGCAUGAGCGCAUCUCUACCUGCGGAUCCGAGCCAUCCUGAUUUCCGAGCGAUGCCUCCUCCAGCAAGACCGGAUAUGUCGUAUAGCACGUUGACAAAAGCGAAUCUUGAGGAUGCGAUUUCUAGUCGACAACCCGAUUCUAUCAAAGAUAAAAUGCAACGAUAUGAGGGUGUUGAUACUGUAGAAAUGCUCACCGGGUUACAAUAUCGAGAUGGUGAAAGAAGUCAAGGGAUUAGCACUGGCGCCCGUAGUCCAGCUUUAAUCAGAGGCGAUGUUGGAAUUGCCAUACCAAUUGACAAGGAUGGCCGUCUGGGGGAUAAGAAAAAGAAGAUGAAGCUAGCAGAUGAAUAUGUUUGCGCAGAUUGUGGUGUCAUGGAUUCACCAGAAUGGCGGAAAGGUCCCAAGGGUCCCAAAACGCUCUGCAACGCCUGCGGACUUCGCUGGGCAAAGAAAGAAAAGAAACCACAGGCCGGGUCGGCACCAGCGCCUUCAAAUAACCUCACGGGACCUUCUCCAGGCCCUUGAAGAUAUUGUGCUGACUCUUUUACGAAUACGACAUGAUUGAUAUACAAGGCGUUUGGAUCAGGGGAUUUGUAUUAAAUGGAGUUUGACGGGGAUGGUGUUUUAGAGGGCUCAUGACUUUAAUACCCAAUUGGCUAGUUUCAAAGGCCGGCGUUUCUCCUUUAUAUCUUGGACUGAAAUGUCAGAUGAUUUGCUUCGCGUGUUUGAAUCUCAAGAGGGCUACCUAGCUAUAGUGGAUGGAUUUAAAACCAUUUCAAGUCUUGUCUUGUCAGUUUAAUGAUUGAUUUUAUGCACGCUAUGAAUGACGUAUCUAGUAUUCUCCCAUGACGAAAUAAGAGAUGAUUGUUUUAUGGAGUGUA